UGUCUCUCUAGUGGGAGGGGCAACGUCUGGAAAAACCGCGCGCGUGGGAUGAAUUUUCACCGAACGCAAUUAAAUUUGAUCGUAAUAUUUCGUCGUUGUUCUCGCGACGUAGGUACACUUUUAUCGCCAGCUACACGUCUGAACGCUACGACGGUCCGCUGUCGAAACUCUUCCAGUCUUUCCGCUUCCGGUCGCGUUUUGGCAACGUAGUCGUCGGCGCGGAGCGGUCUAUUUCGAGCGUCGUCGCAGACCGUUUUUAUCUUUUUCCCCGUCCGUUUGGUCGCGGCGACGGCGGCGCGCAGCGUGUUGUCGCGCGCGCACUUGCGUUCCCGGCGGCGAGGCGAGGACGACCGAGAGCGCGCGCGCGCGCUCCAAUCCCGUGGAAAAACCCGUGCGCGCGUAUUCGGUUGUAUUAUUUUCUAUACCAUAUAAUAUAGUACCCGUACUGUACGCCGCCGCGCGCCACGGUAGUUGUACGACGGCGACGACGACGCAGCGGCUAUGCAAUAUUAUUAUUGUUAUAGUGCGUUCCUCGUAAAUUGGCAAUAGUAUAGUCGUCGUCGUAUUAUCAUUGUUGUUAUAGUAUUUAUGACCGCGUGAUGCUAUUAUAGUUGCGUCCGUAAGACACAUUAUAAUAUUGAUAAUCACAACGACAAUAAUUGUCGCGGGGUAGCGUCUCUCGAAAUUUAUUUAUUCGCGCCGCCGCGGGAAAACGGAUUCGCGCGCGUUUCGUCCGUCGAUCCGGCGGCGGCGGCGGCGGUGGUGACGGCGAUGACGAUGACGAUUUCGCGGCGGCGUCGGCGACGGUGCCGGUCGCGUCGUUGUUGUCGCCGUUAGUAGUGUUAAUAGUCGGCGGUCCGGGCUUCACGAGCGCGGCGUUUUCGGCGGUCGGAAACCGGCGGUGGCGACGACAUGGGAAACUAUUGUUCGUCGAAACAAAAGGACGGCGGAGGCGGUUCCGACGAGUACUUGCAAAAAGCUCGUUACAAAAAAACUCAAAGAAAAGCCGACAAGUCAACCAACGUGAUAUCUGUGCCCAAAAAGGGUAAAAGACACCCCGCGGCAUCUGCCGUAGGUACAACGACCGCGACCAACAGCAGCAAAGCGGCCGUGGCGUCCAACUGCAACGUCGCCGGGGUAACUUUUAUAAUUCCGAGAAUUGAACAACCCGAUGACCAGUCAACCGCGGCAACAAUCGUCUGCAAGCCCUUCGAACCGAACAACAUAUCCUCCUCCAUAGUAGAUAAAACGCCGGAAAAAUGUUUUGCAUUUAUCCUGCCGGACGAACUGAAAGACGUAUCGACCGAGACGAAGAAAUUACUGCUUGGUGUUUUCGAAUCAACAGCAAAUCAGAAGACAAACAAAAUUAUCGUUUACAUCUGUGUACCGGACAAUAAAGGAUUUCCGGACGAAAGACAAAGCCUGUACAAUACCGUGCUACCGGCAAUCCGGUCGAAAUGCACGAAAAUCGGUUACGAACUGCACGUGGUAGACCUGUACUGCGACCACCAGCAACAGCAAGAAUACGGACAGCUGGACACGGCUGUCCGGCUGGCGGAACUGCGCCGGCAGAACCGCGUUGGUCACGUCGUGCCUAUUGUGUUCGUGGACGACUCGCUGGGUCCACCGGUCCUGCCCCACGUGAUGACCAAACAGGAUUUCGAUCUGGCCAGGAGCAAAGCGCCGGACGCCAGCAAGCUGAUCGAGAAAUGGUACACGCUAGAUGCGCAGAAAAACCACUACGAGCUCCGGAACGAGAUGAUGUUCGAAACGACGUUCGAGACACAGGAAGCUGACGAAAAACUAUGGCACGAUGAGAAAGUACAGCUGCAAAUCGCACUCAUGAAGACGUUCGAUUCAAAGUCGUUGCGGAGCGGUUACGUCGAACAAGUUUUUCAACAGGAAGUCCGUAAUGAGAUCAUAUUGAACUCCGAGUUGGCUAAAAGGUCUGUGUGGAUUAUCAACAAUUAUGAUGUGGUUUCCGGUCACAAGUGUAAAACCACUGCGGUGGAAACUAAGAAGAGACUCGAACAACUCAGCAAACAGUUGAAGAACGAAUUACCGGAAACCAAUAUCAUAUUUUACGAGACCGCCAACGCGCCGGAAUUUUUAAAGAAAAUAGGAUCCGUACUAACGACUAUUGUCGAAUCUGUAGAUAAGGAAAGGGAAAAACAAGAGCCUACGUACGGUGUGAGCCAGCUACUGUUGGAAGAGCUGAGGAUUCAAGCUUGGUUCGGGUACAACGCGGCCAAACGGGCUGUUCGCCGGGACGACGCCAUGGAACGUGCCAAAAAGUAUUUGAUGGACGCUGACGCAGGGUACCCGUUGAUACUGUACGGGCCUUCGGGGUCGGGCAAGACCACGGUGAUGGCGGCCAUAACGAAACACUGUCACCUGUGGAAUCAGGACUCAGCUGUGGUGGUGAGAUUCGCCAACGCGUCCGCUUACAGCUCGUCGCUGGAGCAAGCGCUUCACUCGCUGGUUGUCCAAUUGAAUCUCUUGGACAGCGGAAAAUGUAUUUGGUUCAAGCACGACGUACAACUGUACUCGGAACAAAUUAUACGGCUGUUGGGUUCGAUUGGAUCGAAACGGCCGGUAACGUUGAUCGUCGAUGGAGUCGACCGAUUCGAGAACAAUUUAGUGGAUUGGAUACCGCAGUCGCUGCCCAACAACGUCAAGAUCGUGGUGUCAGCCUCAGAGCCUUCAGUGCACCUAAACCGAUUGCGUCAGACCAUAAAAACGCCGGAUUCGUAUAUACGGAUCGCGAACAUGACGGAUGAGCAAAUCGACUCCUUAUUAUCGGCGGCGAUCAUCCGACCGAUCGGUGGUGGCGGUGCUGAAACGAACAAAACCGACGGCAAACUGGUGGCCGCCAAGACACCGUUGGAAAUUCAAGUGAGCUUGCUGUGUUCUAAGAUACGAAACUCGAAACAACCACCUUCACCGGAAAAGUGGGUGGAAGCUAUUUUCGACAACGUCGAAUCGCAUCUCGGCAAAGACAAGGUAUCCUCUGUGAUUGGACACAUGUGUGCCACCCGAUACGGUUUACUCGAUUCGGAGUUGGUUGAAUUACUUUCUUCAGAGAACGAAUUUCGCGUUUCGGACCUGUCCGUAGCUGUGAUUUCGCCUCCGGCCGGUCUCUUCUGGGCAAUGUUCAACGAGCUGAUGUCUUCGUUUUUGUACUGGUUCAAAACGGAUCGGUACGCGACAGUCCGGUGGAAGAACGCCGUAGUUGCCGAAGCCGCCGGUCGACGUUAUAGCGAGUCCACUCGGCGCAUAAAUAAGAAAAUAAUUUCGUACUACGACGACCAGGUGGUGGCGGUGACGGAGGGUGACAGUGACAAGAAGAGCUUGCCGAAACGCAGGAAAUUGGACGAGUGCAUUCACCUGACGGACCCGGCCGAGACGAUCAAAGAAUUUUUCAGUGACCUCGAUUGGGUUUUAGAAAAACUAAAUAAUGGGUCGGUGCUCCAGUUACUAGACGAACUAUCUGCGCACGCCCAAGACCCGCAAGCGCGAUUCCUCAGAGACUUCCUGUCGUCCGCUAUGCCAGCCGUGAUGGACAACGGCAAUCAGCUGUUCUCACAAAUGUCGCUGUACCAGCCGGCGGCUGACCGGUACCGGGCCCUGAUGGACGCGCCUCCAUUCCCAACUCUGAUGCCACUAGUUCUGACGGACGCUGCGACCACGGCAUCGCAGUUGUCAGAAUCCACCGCUCAGCUAUCGGAUGGUGCCGGCGCCGCGGGCAAGUUCGACUUGGUCAAACGGUUCAACGAUGACGCGAAUUACGUGAUCACUGUCAGUACAGGGCGGAAAGAAAUAAGCGUGUGGGACGUACACACCUGUAUGAGAGUUCGCACGCUCAAGGGAAUCCUUCAUCCGACAGCGCUAAAACUGAUCGACAACCAGCGUUGCAUAGUGUUGUGCGAGCGGAAACUGAUCGUCAUCAACUUGGCGACCGGAAAAGUGAUCAGCAAACUCAAAGGGGUGAUGAAUCAAAACAUGCCUUACUUCGGCUUGCACAGUUCCUCGAAAAUUGUGGCGUUGGCUAGGAGCCGGAUGCACGUGAACCUGAUCGACAUCGAAACGGGUACGAUCGAGGCGUACUUUAAAGCCGGCGAAGACAGAUUCCUGAACUCGCUGCUGGUGUCCGGAAACGGGAGAGUCAUGGUGUGCGGCGACGAAACGCAAAAACCUUUUCCACUGCUCGUGUGGAACUUGACUUCAAGACAGUUGAUGUACGACUUGCGCAUACCGUUCCACGAAUUCGUCACGCGACUCGCGGCCAUUACUUACGAAGGUCACUACGUAUGCUGCGUCGCUCAAGAAGUAGACGAGCCCGGGCCUAACUUCAUAGUGGUGUACGACCUGCAGUCGGGCACGCUGUUCAAAAAGUGGAAGCCUGGCAUGAACUGCGUGGCGCUAGACAUAUCGUCCAAGGACGGGUGCGUCCUGAGCGGCCACGAGAACGGCCACAUAUGCAUCUGGGACCUGACCACCGGUAACUGCCGGUGGACGCUGAGCGGCCACGUGGCGCCGGUCACCAGCCUCCGACUGGACCCGGCCGGCGGUUCUUUCGUGUCGCUGGACACGCACGCCCGAGACCGGACGAUCAAACUCUGGAACGUCACCACCGGCCAACUCGUCUCGGAGUUCACCCCGGUCAACCCUAUAACGGCUUUCGAAAUACUGCCGGGCGGCGAGUUCGUGGUCGUAGCGUCUUUGGGGUCCGCGCACCCGACGGUCCUGCAGCUCCGCGGGCCACAGCAGUCCGCCGACGAGCAAACAACGACGACAACUUACGGCGGCGAAACGACGCUCGAAGUAGACUUGUCGUUGGACUUCCGAGACGACGCGGCUGCGGCCUCAGCCCCAGCCCCGGUCCCGACUUCCGCCGCCGUGUCUAGAUGACAGCCGCCGCCGACAGAAAACGACGACGAUACGACUGCCGGACCUGGACGAAGAAACGCGUUUUUCGCUGCAGGUCUCACGCGAGAGAUUUCACGAUUUUCGUACUGUCUCAACGAUAACGGCGACGGCAAUUAUCAUGGUUAUUUCAUGUUAUUGUCGCUGAUGAUAUACAUCCAGACAUCCUCCUCCUCUUACUUCUCCUGUCAUACUUGCUUUACUCGUACUACAUCACACACACUCACAUACACCGUGUAGUAACCAUUGUCGAAUAUUGACUGCCGAUAUUGUGGAAAUUACUUCAAUGAGUCUCUCGGUUGACGAGACACAAACAUAGUUUUCAAAACAUAAGAAUUCUUCACAAUACCAUCAUUACUGUUACUACUAAUUACUAUAACUGACUACUGUUUAAUACUAUUACUACUACUACUACUACUACUACUACUACUACUACUACUACUACUACUACUACUACUACUACUACUACUACUACUACUACUACUACUACUACUACUACUACUACUACUACUACUACUACUACUACUACU